GGCUGAAUCUCUUCAACAGUUUCGUUUAGUUCGCCGUUUCGUUCAGACGUGUGUGCUCCUUCCCGAUUUAUUGGUUUUCUGUGUCGUCCGAUGAAGACAAAAAAUUUUUAAGGGAGAACAAUUUGACACACGAAGUUCAUAAAUAUUUUUCAGUUUAGAUUUUUCGUCGAUUUUGUGUAAAAUUUGUGUUUAAUUUUCGGAUCUUAAUUCAUCCAGAGCAGUGCUAAGUGCAUCGGAUUCCAUUUUAUUAAGUGGUUUUCGAUUCGGUGCUUUUUUAUCAUCCGGAAUAUGGUCAUUGUGACAUAAAAUUAUGGCAAAACGAGUUAAAGGACCCGGUGGAACAACAAGCAACAAUAACGAUGUGCUGCCAGGAGAGUCACUCAAUGAUGUCUUCCGAUGCUUCAUUUGCAUGGAAAAACUGCAGGAGGCUCAUCUGUGUCCGCACUGCUCGAAAUUGUGUUGCUUUCUGUGCAUAUCCAGAUGGUUAACGGAACAGCGACGUCAAUGUCCGCAUUGCCGGGCCACAUUACAUGUGAACGAACUAGUCAAUUGUCGGUGGUUCGAAGAGGUUGCUUUGCAGGUGGAAAGUUUGCAGCAAAUCUGCUCGAACAUAAAGGCAAAUGCACUGUCCAAGACCAAUGAAAACGAUCAAUGUUCAACGCACAACGAAAAAUUGAGCGUUUACUGUUGGACGUGCAAGUGCUGCAUUUGUCAUCAGUGUGCGUUAUGGGGUGGAACACAUUCGGGCCAUACGUUUAAGCAGUUGGAACUCGUCUACGAGACUCACAUUGCUCAAGUUAAAGAAGAAGUUUCUCAGUUGAGAAGCCAUCUCCGUGAUAUUGUUGGCCUAGUUUUAGAUGUAGAGAAAAACGUUGAGACUGUACGAAAUGCGAAAGACGAACGAGUGCGCGAAAUUCGAAAUGCUGUGGAACUGAUCGUUGGCCGUUUAGAUGCUCAACUAAAAAACAAGUUACUAACGUUGAUGCGACAGAAGAACUCGCUGACGCAGGAAACCGAACAGUUAGAACAUCUGUUGCAAGAGAUUGAACAUCAAUUGAACACUGGUUCCAGAUCUCAGUUGAUCAUGAAGUCUCCUGAACUUUUGAAAAUGAUCUAUCAGGUGCGACUGAAGCCAAUGUCAUUCCUUGUGACAGCACCGGUUCCUGCAAAUUUUAUCAGCGAAAUCGUUCCGCCCUACGACACGGGGACGUUUGUGAUGGAAAAAUUUACGGCGAUGCAACAGAAAGGCGUUCCAGUGUAUUCGAAUCCGCUCCAAGUGAAUGGUUUGCAUUGGCGCCUCAAAGUCUAUCCGUAUGGGAAUGGAGCCGUUAGAGGUGAAUACCUGAGCGUGUUCUUAGAAUUGACGACUGGUUAUCCGGAAACAAGCAAGUACGAGUACCGCGUUCAGAUGAUCCAUCAGAGCUCGUCGAAAAUUAUCCAACGCGAAUUCGUGUCAGACUUUGAAGUCGGCGAAUGUUGGGGCUACAAUCGGUUUUUCCGUUUGGAUUUGCUUGCGUCUGAAGGCUACCUGAACACGCUGAACGACACAUUAGAGCUUCGGUUUCAAGUGCGUCCAUCCACAUUCUAUCAACGGUGUCGCGAUCAACAAUGGUACAUCACCCAACUGCUGCAUAAACAGUCCCAUCACAAUCUGGAAGUGAAAGAGCUCAAAGAUCGACUGAAGCGUGAGAUCAACCGCAACCGAGCGAUUAAGCAGAAAACUACUACAAGCGAACAAAGCUGUGAUUCGUCAUCGCCAUCGACAGGCAGUGCAAACGGAGAGCAACAGUCGAAUGUGGCUGUCGAAACAAAUGUGAUAGUAAACGGUGGUGUUAAUGUACGACACACAAAGGAACGGAAGGCAACGUCUUCAUCGUCGUCAUCAUCAUCACCGCAUGGUCUGUUCGAUUUUAAGCAUUCCGAGGAUGCUACCGUCGACAAUAAAACCGAAAAUGAUGACAUUUCGCUGGGCAUAUCCGAUUCAUCUGGGUCCAAUGUAAAAUUUGACUUGAAGUCGGAUGUUGAAGCCACAACUCCGACGCCAAUCGUUCAAUUCGGUUUGAAGCUGUCCCAAUUGGGAUUGUCUCUGUCAUCGCCGAAUCUGCGCACAGCCACGUCGUUAUUUUCGAGUUCCGAUUCCGACGAGAGUUCAACGAACGAAUCCUCCGCCGAUAAAUCAAAGAAUGAAAUGGCCGCGAGCACUGCCGAUCACGAUCAUCAAAAUCAUCCAGCCGACGAAUUUACGUUACUCGACGGCAACGAGGAGACCAUUUCCGGUGAAAAUGACGUCGAAUAUGCGGAAUUUUCAAUGGUCCAUCAGGUGCCGGCUCAUGUGGCAACAGCAGCCACUGAUGCGAUCAAUGAAACGGCAGCAUUGAAUGAAGAAAUGAUGUUCCUAAGACUGUUCGAUGACUUACAGCCCCAAGGAGCAGCAGCUGCUGUGAAUGACAGCAAGAACUUCACGGCAUCCCGUUCCUCAUAUCAAUCACCGAUCACCACGUCCAAUGUUUUGGAGUCGCUGUUGGACUCACCGAAACGAAACGCUCGGCCGUCCGAGAGCUCGCUGAUAGCAAACAUUAAUUUUAAAAAUUCGAUUGAUUCGAAUAGACUGAACGAUGCCUCAUCAAACCUACGAACAAAUCCAACGUACAUAUCGAACAACGGUGACGAAUCGGCGUGGAAUCCACAGGAAGCAUACGCUCGUUUCGAUAAGUUACUUCACACCAUCCAAUUCUCGCCACUGUCGCAGCCAAAAUUCAAAACCCGAAACUACUACGAAACCGAAUCAUCGAAACAUGCCGUGCCACAGCCAAAAGCUCACGUCGACAAUAAGAGAUCGAUGCCGAUCCCAUAUCGUCCGUUUGAGCCAGCAUUUUUCAACGAAAAUGAUUCGACUGUUGACCAGUUACUGGACGAAUUGAACAUGGCCGAAGAGUAUUCAAAUGAUCGGAAGCGUGUUCGCGAUCGUAGUUCGCAGCCAACCUUUGCCAGUGCAACGACAUCCGAUCCAACGAUAGCAUUCGGCACCUCCAACUGCUGGAACACAUCGCUGUUGAGUGAUGUGGACACAAACGGGUUUUCCAGCAAGAACGUCGAUUCGUACAACCGCUACCGUGAUCGCGACACGAAACGAUUUUCAUCGACUGCAACCGGCCCAUCUACGCAAUUUCACAAUGCCUGCGACAUCGGACAAUCACCCAAACGAUCGACAACCACUUCGAAUGUCCACGAAACGGGCAGCGAAUCGGCACGAUCGUCAAUAUCCGGCUGGGCGUAUCGUCAUCCGAUAAUUAUGCAAUCCAUCAAAUCCACCAUGACCGGUUCGAGUGCCAGCAAACGGAAGAACAAUUUGUCCAAAGCUUCGAUGUCGCCGAAUGUGAACGGUUCCUUUCUGUCGGAAUCGGAACGCUUAGCCAAAACGGAUCUGUUUCUGUUGCCGUCGGAUGAUAGUGGCGGCGGACAUUUGUACACGAGCAUGGCCGAUACCAGUCCGAGUGGCGAUUGCAGUGAACUGAUGCAGUCUCUCAACGAUGUCACAUCGUCGGAGUCGAGAGUGCGACGCCUAAUGGAACCGAAAAACGGUGCGUCCCAUCAAUCGACCAGCGGCAAGCCGAAGGAUCGAUCGACCGAACGACCAAAUUCUUCAUAAUUUCUUGAAUUUUACACCUCUAAUGACUGACGAAUCGAAAUGCGAUCGAGAAUCGUUUUUUGUGAUGAAAAUAAUUUCGUUUUUUCGUUUUUAAAUAAAAUUUGGGUUCGUCUUUGCGCAGCACCACAACAAUAUUCAACGAGUUUAUCGGUGUGCUUGUGUCAGUGUGACUAGAAUAAGAGGAACUUAGUCCAUCGGGUGAACAAUCGAAUCGAGUCCCCAUAUUCAGUGCUACGAUGGCUUGUAGAUUCAUGUGAUCUGCUCGUCAUUUCAUUCAAUCGAUCUGCUUUGGCUGCACAGAGUUAUGACGACUGAACGCAUAGAUUUUAUCGUAGUUUUUCGAUCGAAUGAUGAUAUUUGUAGAUAAGAGAUCCGACAAUUUCGUUUCACAACACUACUGACUGCUGCGGAAAAGUACGACUGUCGGAUUAGGCCAGUGCCCCACAGAAGUCUGAGUUCCUCACUUGAAACCUAUGCCAAAUCGUUUCAUUACCCGACACGAGAAAUCGUUUGUUUUACGACUUUUGAUGUCUAGAAGGGCUGGAACGAGGGUAGUCCUAAUAUCUCAGCAGGCGCACAUCGUAGAAAAUCCAAAUCGAUCCAAAAUAGUUGAAAAUUCAAUAUUUCAUUUGGCUCCAAUGCCUUCCUUUUGACAUCAAUUUCGAUUUGAGAUAGGAUUCAGGUCUUGGCCUUAUGAGCGACUCAAAGUACCGAGUGGCAGUGGCUUAGGUGCUGCAAUAAUACAAUGAAAGAGGUCCUUAGAUGCCAAAUAUGCCAUCUUUUGUAGAUUCGCAGUGUGUAUGCAGGGAAAAUCGACUGAGUAAGGGCUUUUUUCCCGUGUGUAUCUACCGACUUAUCACCUGUUAUCAAAACAGUGGCAUUGUGUCGAUGA